AUGGAAGUAGCCCACUGCCCUCAUGACAACCAGGACGAGGCUGGUGGCCUGGUAUGGUCCCUCCCGCGGUGCGUCAUGCCCUUCUGCGACGAGCCGAUCGGGGAAGGAUACCAGCGGACCACCUCUGGCUGGCAUUGCGCUCCUGGCUAUGCCGGCACUGUAAGGUCGAGCUGCGAGUCUUCUUGGGAUUGCUGCGAGGUGAAUCUGGCUCUGGAAGGCUGCAAUCCCAUAUUGGGAUGUGCCGUGCCCACAGAAUAUGACGAGUGCGCGUUGGACUUCUCUGACUGUGUGAACAUCUCUUCCGGGGAAAGCUGCGAGGUGACCUGUCGUGAGCCACAUGUCGGACUGCCCACCGUCGCUGAGUGCCCGGACGAGAACACUGAGCCAGGGCGAAGGAUUGACUGGACACCACCAGCUUGCGAGAUCCUCUCUUGUCCACCGCCGGAGCCUAUGCCAUCGGGCUAUGACUACGACAACGAGACCGGGACCUACACUUGCGCAGAUGGUUAUGCAGGGAGGCCUAGUGUCGCCUGUCGUGCCGGUGCAUCCCCAGGGUGCGAGGUUGUGGCAGAGCUCUCCGGAUGUCUGCCUCUAGCAGCAUGUCCACUGCCACCAAUGGACUUGAAGUGCAUGAUGGAGACCAUGUGCGAGAACGCAGUGGUCCAGCCUGGAGGUUCUUGCGACGUUUCUUGCCGCACACCCUAUAUCGGCGGGACUGAGAAUGCCUCGUGUCCAUCAGGAAACACGGACAGUGGGACCAUAGCUACUAUGGAUCUGCCGUUGUGCGAGCUGCGAUGUGAAAUCCCUGCGGAGAUACCACCAGGAUAUGAACAAACGGAGUUUGGGUGGCGUUGCGCUGACGGCUUCAUAGGUGGCGUCCUGGCUCGUUGCGUUAUAGACCAGGAGACAUGCAGGACAUCCCUGCUGCUGGAAGGCUGCCUUCGCCUGGAGCCCUGCAAGCCACCGCCCAAUCCCGCGCCGUGCCGAUACGAUCUCUGGGGCUGUGAUCGAGUCCAACCUGGCAGCUUCUGCCGCCUUCGGUGCAGGCCGCCAUUCAGUGGCGGGUCGCCGAAGAUGAUCUGCCCGGCAGGUAACACAAAUCCAGACUACGUGAUGAAGUGGGCGGAGCCUUAUUGCUACUGCCCGGCUCCUGAAGCAGUUCCGGCUGCUUACAUUGAAGAUGAAGAGCCAGGCACCUUUCGUUGUGCUCCGGGAUACGUGGGUCGGCCGACCCUGUUCUGUGGGGAGUCGCCGCAGUGCCAGCAGGAACCAGCUUUGACGGGUUGUGUCUCCCCGGAUGUUUGCCAUGUGGAACCUUUCAUCGAUGACGACGACCGACCUGGCAUGGUUCGUGGCGUGGUUGCCUUUGGACCAGCGGAAGUCGAAGGUGUGAUCGAUGAGCAACACGUCGACGGCUACGACAUCUUGCUCGCGGACGAGUGCGGCCAGGCGCUGCCCUUGCCCCCUCUGGCUACGGUCCCGCGGCGAGCGCUUGCCGCCACCGGAGGCUGCUGCGAGACGCGGUCCUACCAGGUCGCCGUUGAGGCAGAUUUGACGGACGAGCGCGUGAACGGUCGGACAGCCACGGUCCUCGUCGCCAUCGCUGGCCUCCUUCAUGGUAAGGUCAUCAACAUCACGGAUGUUGCGGGACAGGCGAGCACCACAAACAAGGUCACAGUGACGGGGGCCGCCCGAGCAGCUCAUACGGUUCCUGUUGUGUCAAUGUGGCUCAUCGCUCUUGCGGUGCCGUUGCACAGAAGAUUCCUGUAG